AUUUCAGUUAUACAUGUUAUCAUCACGUAUAAUGCAGGCAUGCAUCGAAGAACUUUAUUCAGUAAAAUUGCAAUAUAUAUAUGCUAAACUUUUUUCAUGGUUGUUUUCUUGUGUCGAUUUUAUUAAAUACUUAGCUUGAAUACAGUUCGUUAUUUCCAAAUAUUUCGUUAUUAAAAGUGAAAAUUCAUCACAUACCCAAAACAACUAAAGCAUUUGAGAGAAAGGGAAAAUGCCUGUGAGACAACUGAUAAUUCCGUGCUCUGGCAAUUUAGGAAUGACUACAGUUCGGAGUGCUUGCAGUGAAACGUGUACAGAAGGAAUGUUUUAAAUUGUAUUUGGUCGUGUACUUCUUGCAUCAGUGAUUAUAUUCUGCUCUAAAAUUGAAGAUGUUACAAAGAAGAAUCCUACUCUGCUUGGUGUGUGUCAUAGUGAGUAUAAAUGGGGAGACUGACAACACGCCUAUAUUGCAGCAGGUGAGACCAGGAGACACGGCAAAGUUAAUGUGUUCUGUAGGGGAACUGGGAGAAGAGGCGGUAAUCUGGAGUGGCAAAGGCGGCGACAUUUUGUAUUUUGGCGACCAUAAAACUACACAAGAAACAAGAAUUACUCUGGAACGUCCCUAUUCCAAAAGCUGGAAUCUCGUCAUUGGAAACGUUAAACUUGGAGACGGAGGAUCAUACACGUGCAAAGUCGGACAGGUGGUUAUUAAAGCGUAUACGUUAGAGGUGAUAUAUUCACCGCGAAUCUUACCGUCGGAAUCAGAUGGAGACCACAAGGUUCAGGAGGGGGAAAAUGUUAUCUUAACAUGUCAGGCCAAGGGGUUUCCACCUCCUAAAUAUAUAUGGCAUCUUAUACAAGGCACCCAAGAAAUGAGGCUCGAUAUGGGACCACAAUUAGAAAUACCUAAUAUCAGAAGAGAAGAAGCAGGCGUGUAUAGGUGUACAGCGUUUAAUGGAAUCGAACCAAAUGGUACAAUAAAUUUACAAGUUGGCGUGGAGCACACACCUACAAUUACUGUUUACAACCCCGAGUUAAUUUCAGAGAAGGGUAAGAGUGUUAAAUUAGAAUGCAUCGUUGUACGGUUCCCCAACGGACGAUACAACUGGACCAAAAGUGGUGAGGUCGUGAAAAAGGAUUGGAAUCAUGAUCCCCAGUAUAUUGAGCUUAACUUGACCACAACAGUUAUGAGUCUGGAUAUUAAACAAGUAGAAGCACGGUCAUUUGGAGAGUACAGCUGUGAGGCAGAGAAUGAGCUUGGUAGAGCUGUCGGCAGUAUUACACUAAAAGAGAUUGGUUCAUCGUCCAAUAAACCGUCCGCUGGGACAGGCAUAGAUGGGAGCACACAGCUUUGUUCUGAAAGUAUCUUGUUCAAACUUCCUAUUUUAGCAUUGUUUCUUUUGUUUCAACUUUUCUUUAUUAUUUCUUUGUAAGUUUUACAGACAAAAAGUCGCAAGAUGUCUGUUCAAGGUUUAUUUUACAUUUUAAGCUCAUCGUUUACCACAAGGACAGACGAUAAAGCAUAGCUAGGUCAGAGCUUCCAGCUUUAGGUUUAAAUGUUCAAAUCAAAGACCUCCAGGGUGGUGGGGGGCAUAUAAUGAAAUCAAAAUAUAUAGAAAAAUGUCUUAUAAGACCUAAAACAGAUAAGCCAUGGUUACUCGAAUGAGCGUUGUGGUCAAUGGACCAUUUGUGACAUUGCAUGUAGCAUAUCAUGUUUUAUAUACUACAUUAGGUAUUUCUUGAUUCUUCCUAUGCUUAUAUGUAGCAUAAAUCUAAUGUAUGAAGAAGGAUAUGGAGAUAACGAACAGUAUUCAAUCUCAAAGUCCAUAAAACUAUACAAUUUCACAUCGAAGACCCAAAGGAAGAUUUCGACUAAAGUUUCAUUUACACCAUGGCAACUGAAUAAUUCAUUUAAAAAAGCCUGAAUUUGAAAUUAAAUCUCUUUCAAUAAUUAAUUUUGUGGUGUGUGUAAAUUUAUUUUUACUUGCUUCUUAUAAUUAGAACCUCAUGAAAAUUUUAAUAAUAAUUUGUUAUAAAUUUUUAUUAUUUGAAUGUAAGUAUUUAUUAAUAUUAAGUAAUACUUGAUUCCUAUCAUAAGAACGUUAUAAAUUUUCAAAUAUGUAUUGAAUUAAACAUUCAUUUGCGUGGUGUAACAUGUUUAAAAUUCGUACUUAUAUUUUUUCAAAUAUUCUUUUGCAAUUCUGUGUACAUGCUUCUAUGUUCUUCGUUUAGCACAUGCAAUAAAACAGGAGAUCUAAGUUCUUUGCUAAUAUUAAUGUUUUUAUAAGAAAGCUUUAUACAUGUAUUCUUGUUGUUAUGAUUUCACAAAUAAACUCAAUAUCUGCGUUUA